GAUUGUCGCUCGCACCAUCGAUGCUGUCGAGCCGGCGAAGUCACUUAAGUCCUUGGCCACGCCGAGUCACCGCCACCACGUACCCAGCACCUCGGUAACAGCCACGAUCGAGCCUUGUUCAAAUUUGGUCAGGUCCGCUCGCCCUACUCACCCACUCUUCUCAAGAAUCUGCUCCUCGAGCGCAAUUUGAGCGUACACAAGCUCGCCUUCCACUUUGCCUUCCCUACCUGCCGCUCUUCCGCCUCUUGUCAAAAUGUCGUCUGCCUCGGAUAGACUCGCCGCCAUUCAGGGCCACGUAGACCCGGCAAAAGCUGCGCAAGCUGUAUGGGCAUCGGUGCCUGAAGCACCUCCCGACGUUAUCUUUCAAUUGACUGCUGCGUACAAGGCUGACAAGUACGAUAAAAAGGUCAACUUGGGCAUCGGCGCAUACAGAGAUAAUGACGGCAAGCCAUGGGUCCUUCCAAGCGUCCAGCAGGCGCAAGAGAGGUUGAUCGCGGACAAGUCCGUCGACCACGAGUACCUCUCAAUCACUGGUCUGCCCACCUUCACAUCUUCUGCAGCCAAACUAUUGCUGGGCGCUGAUUCUCCGGCAGUUGCAGAGGACAGAGUCACUAGCGUGCAAACAAUCUCUGGCACUGGCGCGAACCACUUGGGCGCUGUGUUCUUGAGCAAGUUCUACGCUUUCAACGGAGACAGGCAAAUCUUCAUCUCUAACCCCACUUGGGCAAAUCACAAGGCUAUCUUCAAUUCAGUCGGCAUCAAGCCGGUCGACUAUCCGUACUACGACGCCAAGACUAUUGCGCUUGACUUUGAGGGCUUCACGUCCACGCUCAAGAAUGCUCCAAAUGGCAGCGUCAUUCUGCUUCACGCAUGCGCACACAAUCCUACUGGCGUUGACCCCACCAAGGAGCAGUGGCACGCCAUCGCCGACAUUUUCCUUGCCAAGGGUCACCUUGCUUUCUUCGACUCAGCCUAUCAAGGCUUCGCAAGCGGCAACUUAGACGCCGAUGCCUUCAGCGUGCGAUACUUUGUAUCGCGACGAGACAUUCCCGUGCUGGUCUGCCAGUCGUUCGCUAAGAAUGCCGGGCUGUACGGAGAGAGAGUAGGGGCCUUGCACGUGAUUUCUGCUACGAAGGAGCAAGCAAAAGCGGUAACGACUCAAUUGUCGGUCAUUCAGAGGAGCGAGAUCUCAAAUCCACCCGCUUUUGGCGCUCGAGUGGUGAGCAUGAUCCUCAACGAUCAGAAGCUUUGGGCGCAAUGGAAUGAGGAUGUCCGAACUAUGGCGAACAGAAUCAUCGACAUGAGGAAGCAAUUGUUCGAGCUUCUCACCAACAAGCACAAGACGCCUGCUCCCGGAGGGAACUGGAACCACAUUGUCAAGCAAAUCGGCAUGUUUACUUACCUAGGCUUGUCCGAGAAGCAAGUGGCAAAGGUUGUCAACGAGGGCCACAUCUACAUGACCAAAAACGCCAGAGCAAGCGUCGCUGGUCUCAACACGCACAACAUCGAGUACGUGGCUCAGUGGAUCGACAAGGCGGUUCGAGAAGCCUGAUUGCACCAGCUAUCUCAAGCCUUUACCGCAGGGUGCGUUGCCCAGAUGACGCUUGGGUGACUCGGUAACAUUGGGAGAUGUGCGACGCUUGUUGCAUCUUCCGGGUGGUCUUCAGCGCUUCUCAACUCUGCACCUCAGAUACCGAAAUUAUCACCCAUGCAAUUCCAUACCGUGUACGGCUUGGCGACGAGAGUUGAUGCGUGCAUGUAUUGGCCUGAAACAUGAACCUCACAUCUAGUCCAGAGCCAUGCCGUCCCCGGUGUUCUCUUCCUUUGGCUUUGCCAAACCAUUCC